AUGAGUGCACGACUCAGUCGCAAACGAUCGCGCCUUGCAACAGACUCGGACGACGACGAAGCACAGCAGCCUUCACCGGCACUCUCUUCACUCAGCGACACUCUCAAGAGAUCAAAAACCCAAUGCGAACUCGACGAGCUGGAUAUCAUCGAGCCAAAAGAUGCAUGGAUUAUUGACGUGGGCGCCAUUCUAGCCAAUACAACGCUUGCUGCACCACCAGGCAGUGGACUCAAGCCUCACAAUAACUGGCACAGAUACAAGAAGGGAGAGUCUGUUAUAGUACUCUGUGUACAGGGAAACCUGCAACUGCACUAUAACCUGCUAUGCUCUGCUUUAGAUGACCUCUACGCCAUCGCGCCCUCGCUACAAGCCCUCGUCCUCUGCCACGAUCCUUCCACGCACAAGCCUUCUACCACUGCGCCUUUCUCGCUGCCUUUGAUCUCAGCUGUUGACCCACCGAACAACCACUUUGUCCGACUAGGGUUAUUGCACCCUCUCGGUGGAGGGAAGUUUCCCUUAGAUGCGCUCGCGGUCGUCGACAAGAAUGGCCGUCGACGACUUGUGCUACCGUUUGGCUGGGGUGCUGGGAAGCACGCAGACACGCCUGCUGGUCGAAGCAUACAGAACAGGAUGAUGAUGUUGCUGAAGCAUUGUAUUGAGACAUUGGAGAAAGAGAAAUAA